GUUUACAUUUACAAACAGUAUUCCAUUUCGCAGUUUGCGAAUUAAACAAUGCUAUUAGUUAUAUUAUCCUUAAGUUGAUGAAAAUUGUCUUUAAGAUGUCUGAUAAUUUAUUUACGGCUGUUUAAAGAAAUACUGGCACCUAAAUUUGAUAUAAAUAAUUCAGUGCAAAAAUGAGCAUAAAGCCAGAUCUUGUUUUGGACACAGCAUCUCCAGGUUAUUCAAGAAGGUUACUUGAAAAUCUGGCGUCACUGUGGACUGACGCCUCGUUUUGUGAUGUAACACUAUUAAUAGGAAAGAAAAAAUUUCAGGCUCAUAGAAAUAUACUUGCAGCAGCUAGUCCAUUUUUUAAAGCCAUGUUUUUGUCUGGCAUGGAAGAGCAAAGUCGGAGUGAAAUAGAGCUUCAUGAAAUGUCUUCAGACAUAUUUAAUACUUUAAUAACCUUUAUGUACACAGGUAAUAAAGUUUGUUCACUAAUCAUUUUGGUAGCCAUUAGUUUAAUCUCUUUUGGCCAGUGGUUCCCAAAGUGUGUGCUGCCACACCCUGGGGAGCCAUGUCUUUCUCAUGGGGGCACAGCGAAAUACUAAAAAAUUGUCAUAAUUUUAUUUCUAUCUUCCAAUCAGUUGGGGCUUAAGGGGUCAUCCAUACCUGACAAUGUGACAUCACGCAAAUUUUUCAGAUUUUUUAGCCCCUCUCAUCACAAAUUGUGACAAAUCAUCACAAAAAGUUAGUCCCACCCUCAAAUAUUACGUCACAAAUGUCUGCAGUCAGUUUUCAUGCAUUUUGAUUAGUAGCAGUAAAUGUUUAUCUGGUGAAUAUUGUUUGCGCAUUACUUGUUUUGGUAAUUUUUUUCCUCGUUUAUAAAAAGUUAACUAAAGAAAUAAAACUACAAUAACUAAAUUAUUUAAUUAUUUUCAUAUUUUAAAUUUUAUUACAAUAUAAUUUUAACAGUCGGGGGCGGGGGGAGCGGGUAUGUUUAAAACGGAGUGGGCCUGCAGUGCUGCAAAAAGGUUAAGAAUCGCUGCCCUAGAGCACUUAAUAAGAUCUGGUGCAGACCAGUAACUCAUCUUACUCUUGGUAAUAAUUGAUUGCAGAAACCUAUAGACCUUUAAUUAGUAAAAUUUGACUUAGUCAAAGGGCGCCGUGAGAAAACCUCGAUUGGGCAAGGGUGCAGAGAAUAUUUUAAAAGUUUGGGAAUAACUGCUUUUCAACUAUGAUUAUAUUAUUAUUAUACCUUUUAAGUAUUUGGAGCACUAUCCAUGUUUUGAGCUUUGGGUGAAUUCCAUGUAAAAGUGGACACAACAUCCAAAAAUUAAAUUUCAUAACAUUUGGUGCUAUAAACAUUUAUUUGGUAUGGUCUUUUUUAGUACCUUUGUUUGUGUGACACAUGACAUGGCCAUCUUGAAUAAAGAACAUGUUACACAUGAUAUGGUCAGCAUGACAUGGUCAUCUUGAAUUAAGAACAUGUUCAAUGUUGUUUGCAUAUUUAAUAGAAAUGUUGUUGAAUUUUAUUGUGUUCACAAUUUUCAUUGUCACGGUAAAUGUCAGAUGAUGGACAAGCAUUAAAAGAGUUAUUUAUGGUUAUUUAAGUUAUUUAGCUGCUACAGUGAUGUAUUUAUAAUUCUGUUAAAGAAUUGACAUUCUAUUUUUAUUGCUUGCAAUCAGACACAUGACGUCAGUUACAAAGUCAUGUAAUGUCAGUUGCAUUAUUUUGUCUGUAUUUUUUAAGAAAUAUAUAUGUUAAAAUAGUUUUUAAAGUUUUUCCUUAGAUAGUAAAAACUUUAGAUAAUUAUUUUGAAAAAAACAAACAUAUUUCAAUCAAUGCAGAUUUCGAGGGAAAUCAAUACAAAAAGAGGCUAAUUCAAAUACUAUGUCUUUUUUCAUGUUAUGUCAGUUACAAUGCCAAAAUUGACUAUUUUUCACCCUCUUGAGGUGGCUGGGCCGAUCUAUCAGCCCAGAGUAUUAUGUCAAAAAAGAAAAAAGGCUGAUCUAUUGGACCAAUAAUAAAAGCCUUGAGAUUGGCUGGUUCUGGUUGGUCUUCAUAUCAGCUAAUCAGAUUGCUUCUCGGAUUUCUUGCUCAUCUCCCCAAUUUAAUGUCGGCUUCCACUGAUAUUUUAUGGUGUUUUUCAUUUUAUAUAAUUUUUUAUUACCUAGUAACCCAUAUAAACGCUUAAAAAUAUGUGAACUUCAAAUAUGCCAAAAGGCAUAAGCAGCCCCAGGGGAAUAUUUUAUGCAGUUUUUCCAAAUUGAAUCUCAGACAAUUUUAUUCUAAGUUUUAAAAAAAUUGCAUGCAUAUAUCAUGCAAAUCAAGAUAGCUCAUUUGCAUACAUGUUGGGAUUACAGUUUGAUUCAGAAAGAUUGUAUUAGUUUAUUCAAUUCCCUACAAGAAUAUAUAUUGAGUUACUGGUAUAUUUGUAAAGUAAUUAGUUGAUUUUUUUAUACAUUUUUUUUUUUUUUGCAAAAGAAGUGCAGGGCUUGUGAAAAGGGCUCCAUCUUUUUGGCACAGAGUCCCAAGAGUCUUAAUAUUGUGCAUAAUAUUUUUUCUAAAUGCGCUGCUGUUUUACAGUCUACCAACUUAAGACCCAAAACCAUGUAUUUGUAUACUUAAAUCAACCACACUUAAUGGCAUUCUCCUGUUAUACUGGAUGCAAAUUGAAAUUAUUUUUCUGAAAGUUACUUCAGUUACCAUAUGGUAUAUAUAUAAAUUGGUUGUUUUUAAUAUCAUUUUCAGUCGUGACACUAAUCCACAUCUAUGCAAUUAAUAAUUGAAUAGUGGUAAUUCCUGGGCUGAAAAAUACAGUUAUACUAGACUAAUGCAAGGCUAUAUAACUUUUUGAAAAGUUGAUGGAUGCAUGUGAGAUAAUACAUAAUGUGACUUGCUUGUUUGAAAUACCAAGGCUAGUGGUAUAUAAUGAAAUAUUUCUCAGAAGCAAUUCUCUCAUUGCAGAGAAAUUUUUUUUUUUUGUGUGUUGCAUUUAUGAAAAUUUAUAUUUAUAGGUUUUGUUAAAGUUGAUGUUGAUACAUGUCAAGAUCUACUUGCAAUGGCAGAUAUGCUUGGAGUGGAUGAUGUGGUUGAUAUUUGCAGCCAUUUCCUCAUUGAAAAUAUAUCUCCUUUUAACUGUAUUGGUAGGUAACAAAAGUAGCUUAAUGCAAGAUUUAAGUAGCUUAAUGCAAGAUGUCUUUAUUUGUUAAAAAUGACAAAUAACGAAGUAUCAGCCUUUAAAUAAACCCUAUUCCAUUCAUGAAAUAAAAAAUAUUAUUCAGUUUUUUCCCUAUUUAAUUUAAAAGAAAAAUGCUUUACUCUUCCUUACCGCUCAUUUUUUCAAAGGUAUUUUUGCGUUUGCGGAUGCACACAAUCUGUUGAGCAUGAAGCGUCAAGCAGAGCUUUAUUUAGAAAAGAACUUUGUUCAGGCUGCAAAAGGCGAUGAGUUUACACAGCUUGAAUUACCUUUGGUGCUAGGAAUUUUAGGAAGUGAAAGACUUCACAUAGAGACAGAAAGUCAGGUUGGAUUUUAUUUAGAUUAGGAAAUUGCUGGCUGGGAAUUAAUUAAAUAAUUGGCUAUGACAGAGUUCAGUUGUUUAGAAUCUCAUAUAAAAUGGUCGAACUUAAUUGUCUCACUAUAAUUCCAAGAAAAAAAAAUUAAAAAUUACACUUUGCUUGUUCAUGGUUUUAAAGUCCAUUCGUUGUUACUUGUGGAGAGGACUUUUCAUUGACAUCUUGAAUUGUCUUAAUUCUUUUUUACUUAUUAGCACUUUUAAUAUUUUUAAAACAACAGGUCCUUGAAGCUGCUGUUGAUUGGAUACUACACGAUCUCCCUACUCGUAGAAAAUACCUUCUUCAAUUAUUGAAUCAAGUACGAAUAAAUCUGGUGUCUCACAAGCAUCUUUUUCAGAUAAUUGAUGCUUGCAAUGAUCAUGGCGUGAAGAUUACAUUAACUAAAUAUGCCUCAAAGGCAGACGGGGCUAAAACACUUAAUGCCCAUGGUCUUUACAUUCCAGUUGCUAGUAUCAAUACAGCAACAUGGCCACGUCACAAUGCCAAGAAGUACAUCUAUGUCACGGGAGGGUUCGCCAGGAACAAAACCACCUUUGUGAGCAACAUCAGCACACUUGACAGCGUUGAGAGGUAUGAUGUCUUUGCACAGAAGUGGCAGACCUUUAACGGCAUGCAGCAGGCUCGCAGCAGCCACGGACUGGCGGUUCUUGAUAGGAAGAUUAUUGUUGCUGGUGGAGAGGAUGCGUCAUUGAUAUCAGACUUUGUGGAGUGUUUUGAUCCAGAUGAAAACUUCUGGACACCAAUGCCCAGCAUGAUCCAGCCGAGAUAUGGACUCGGGCUGGUAUCUUUAAAUGGUUAUUUGUAUGCAAUAGGUGGCUAUGUUGGCUCUGAGAUAGGUGGCUCAGUGGAGAAAUAUGAUCCUGUAGAGAGAAUUUGGCUGGAAGUGGACAAGAUGCCAAAUCCAAGAUUUUCAAUGGCAACAGUAGAAUAUGAAGGUAUGUCAGUUUAAAAAUAUUUUUAGUUUGUCAAUAAGAGCUAGGUAAUUAAAUUGCCAUUUUUUGCAUAUGAUGUCUAGCUUCCAUUUUUAACAAAGAUUUUAGUUUAUACUUCAUCAUUAAGGCUGAUAAAUGUGCCUCUUGAAAAUAAGUCAAGCUGAUGAGGAUCAAUAGAACUAUCUCAAUAAAUGAUUUAAAAAUAAUAGUCUUGCUUCUAUAAUAGAUAAAUAAUGAGAAAGCAAUAGGCAAUAAUUAGUAAAAGCCAGACUAGGCUCUCAGCAUGCUUCUGUGUACCGGUACUCCACUCAAAGAAAUGAAGAUCUUCUGUUUAUUAAUUGAAACUAUUACUCCAUAUGCUUCCUCUGCAUUUGAAAACCAAUGCAUAAUUAUGUCUUUAUAUCUCAACAGAACAUCACACCCAUACAGUAGAACAAAGUUUAGCCACUGUUUCAAUUGUUGAUUUCAAGGAAACUUUAAAAUAAAAUACUUUGUAGCCUUCUAAAAAAAAAAAAGAAAGAAACAUUCUGAUUUCAAUUUCAAGAGACCUUUUUUCUUUUGACAUCUAUCCUUAUAUUUUUGGUUAAUGGAAUUGGUAUAGACAGCCAAUUUAAAUCCCACCCCAAGUUGUUUUUGGUUGUUGAGUUUUUUUUUUCACCCAGGGUUUACAUUCCCAGAAAGCCUGCGUUCCUGGGGUGAUAAGUCCAUUCAAUUUCAAGAGGCACUGUUUCAGAAAUUAAUGUUUGAACUCUAAAGAGUUUCAGAAGCAGGAUUUAUGUAUGAUUUAUAUUUUUCCAGGUUUAAUCUAUGUGGUUGGUGGUCUGUCUGAGCACUACACCGAAUCUGAUGCUGUUGAAAGCUACAAUCCAAUCACUAGGGAAUGGUGUCCCUUGGCACGCCUCAAAUACCCUCGAGCUUAUCAUGGGCUGGUUGCCAGUGAUGGCUACCUCUAUGCUGUUGGGGGUUUUAAUGAGUAUAAAGGAUCACUCAGUUCAGUUGAGAAAUACUCUAUUAAAGAGGUGAGACUUGCAACCUCUCACAAUAACCUGUUCAGUUAAAGUUAGAAAUGAUGUUAAAAAACCUCCGGAGUUUUAAUUUCUAUUUUAUACAUUUACACUUAAGUUUCAUUCCAUAGCAUAGAAAUGUAAGAUUUGGAUAACAAUUCAAUUCAAACUGUGAAGGUGGAUCAUUUUUAAAGGAACAAUGAAAUUCCAUUCUUACAAAAAUAGAUAUAGCUCUUUAUAAAUUUUAAUAGUUAAAAAAAAUUUAAACACGUGGACCUCUCUUAAUUUAUAUUAUUUUGUUAAUAUGUUUUGUCUGUUGAUUAAGGUGUUUAGCUAAUGCAUUCAAUUUGUCUUUGUCUGUCAACUAUUCAAAAUAAUUCUCUACACUUAACAUGUUUUUAAUGUUCAAUUCUUGACAAUAAUACAUUUCUCCAGAACAAAUGGACCAGUGUUUCAUCUAUGGGGAUCAGCCGGGCAGGUUCAGGUGUUGCAAUGGUUGAUGGGAAAAUUUAUGUUUUUGGUGGUAGAUCCCAAGAUGUAGAAAUGGCUGGAACAAAUGGUUUUUGUGCGUCUGUGACACUUGACAGCGUGGAGUGCUAUGAUCCACAAAAGGAUGUAUGGACCAACCUGCCUAGGAUGGCUUUUGAGAGAUGCGAGACAGUAGCAAUAGUUUUGUGAUAUAACCUUUGACAAAUUUUGUUUAUAUUUUUUGGGGGGAAAGUUGCAUUAAGUAUGUUAAGGAUAAUAUACAUUCUGUGUAACAUCUUUGAUUUAUGUGUAAUUUGACCAUAUCAAUAUCAUUGUUGAAUGAAAAUGGGGAAUCUGCUUAUAUUUAUCCAAUAAGUAUUGACGAAGUUAAUUAGUUUAUUGCUGACAAAUGAAAUACUAAUGUGAUAGAGUUGUGAUAUGCAGAUUAUACACCAUGUUAGUAAUUUAAAUAUCAUUAAUAGAUUAGCAAAUUUGUUUUGAUACCUAUAAAAAUACACAUUAGGGAGCUUAAAAGCGCCAGGAAAAGCAAAUUCCUAUUUGUACAUAAAGUGGAUCUUAUGAUCUGAAUGCAAAUAUACUUUUCUUGCAUGAUAAAAAAAGAUUAUAUUUUUUAAAAAAAUGCAGUGUUUUAUAAGUUCAUAUGUAGUUGAUAUGCAAAAAUAAAAUAAAUAUUACAGCCUUUUGAAACUAUAAUUUUCAGGCCUUCUUCCAGACAAUUAGCAGAAUUAUUCUUAAUAAGAAAUAUUUUUAUAGCAUAAUCAGAACAUUGCAUUUAGAGAAAAACUUUUUUUUUCAAAGUGUAUUAUUUUGGGAUUGUAUUUGGAACACAUAUUACAUAUGGUCAGUGACAUGGUUUAUCUUUUUAUCACUUUCUCAUUGUCCUAUUCCCACACCUGAGCUGUGAAAUAAUCUCCCCCCACCACUGCAACUCCAUUUUUGAGCUGUACUGUUGGAAUAAAAACAGAAUAUGUAUAAUUAGACAUCCAAGUAUUACAUAUAAAAAAGCAGUUAUCAAAUGGUGCAAAAAAUACAUUGUGGGUAGUGCAAUUAAUUUUAUUAUGUAAUUAAAAAAUAAUAUAAACUUUUCUCAAAUUAACUGUUAUAAUUUUGUCAAUAAUUAUUGAUCUCAUUCCCAAUAUAAAUAAUUUAGAAAUGAAAUAUUUAUAAAAUGACUGUGCAUGUGGAAAUGACUUUGAUAAGGCUUUAAAAUAUUUACUUGUUAUAAAAGCAUACAAUAGGUAGCCGUAGAAUGGCUAAAUUUAAUUAUUUGUAUAGUGAUAUUUAAAUUUAUUAUGCAAAAUUAUUAUUAUUUUUCAAAUUUUAAUGCUAAAAUGUUGCGGUAAACUAAAUAAAUGCCAUUAGCCUGCCCCUAUUACUUCUAUCUUGAUAACAUAAAAAAAAAUAUGUCAACCAUUUGUCUGAUUUCAAAUGUCC